UCCGGGGACGCGGGCGGCGGGCGGAGGCCUGGCUGCGGGCACCUCGCCCUCCGCUCCCCACGCCAUGCCCGGGAGCCCGCGGGGAGGCCGCGGCCAAGUCGGGGCCCGGUCCCCACGGAUCUGAAGCCUGUCCCGCGCGCCCCGGACCCCUCCCUGCCGCGUUCGCCGCAGAAGCCGACUUCGAACUCGGGAGCGAUCUUCUCUGGCAGCGCGCGGGAGGAUGCGGCUCCCAAGAUGCACCUACCGCACACCUGGGCACCGCCUGCCCCCGAGGGCGGGGGCGCGGCCCUUUGUACUGGCCUCCGAGCACGGCACGGGGGCACUUGCACCCAGCGGCAGCGUGGCUGGGCCCAGGGCCGGGCGCCACCAGCUUCUGCACCUUCGUGGGUAUCCAGGCGCCACCCCUAUGUGUCACCAACUCCAGAAUGACUAUUUGUCGAACAGGCUCAGGGACAGAACCUUUGAAUAUGGAAAUCCGGGUGACGGGGGCUUCUCGGCUCCCCAAGCUCCUGAGGCUCAUCUGGCCUGUGGGAACAACCCAGCCGAGCAAGUGCCCUGUCUGUGUCCAGCACCCCUGCGCCCCCGCCCCCCGCCUCGCAGUGUUGGGGCGGCUCUAGCUGUGCGAGGUCUGCCUUUCCUACACUCUUCUGGAAUGUUUACCCCCCCACCUUCUGACCUUGGGUGUCCACAGAACCAGUCUGCUCUCUCCUCCACAGACAUGGAGUCCACAGGCUGCCCCCUGAAUUUGACCCUGAAAGUGGAGGAACAGGAAGAGGAGAUUCAGAGCCGGGCACUGGAGAGUGGCCCCACGGACACGCAGAAAGUCCGGAUCUGCGCAGAGGGCGGAUGGGUGCCCGCCCUGUUUGACGAGGUGGCCAUCUACUUUUCCGACGAGGAGUGGGAUGUGCUGACAGAGCCGCAGCGGGCCCUCUACCGGGAGGUCAUGAGGAUGAACUACGACACCGUCCUGUCCCUGGAGUUCCCGUUCCCGAAGCCGGACGUGAUCUCUCGGCUGGAAGGGGAGGGCGAGGCUCAGGACUGCGACGGGUGGCAGCUCCCAGGAGGAACCUUCCCAGAGAACGAAGACGCCGACGUGAAGCGCCUCCGCCUGCCCCGCGACAUCGCCGAGCUGCCCGAGUGGAGCGAGGGGUACCCCUUCUACAUGGCCAUGGGCUUCCCGGGCUACGACCUCGCGGCCGACGACCUGGCCGCCAAGUUCCAGUUCAGCCGCGGGAUGCGCCGCAGCUACGACGCGGGCUUCAAGCUGAUGGUGGUGGAGUUCGCCGAGAGCACCAACAACUGCCAGGCGGCCAAGCAGUUCGGCGUGCUGGAGAAGAACGUCCGCGACUGGCGCAAGGUGAAGCCGCAGCUGCAGAACGCCCACGCCAUGCGGCGCGCCUUCCGCGGGCCCAAGAACGGGCGCUUCGCCCUGGUGGACCAGCGCGUGGCCGAGUACGUGCGCUACAUGCAGGCCAAGGGCGACCCCAUCACCAGGGAGGCCAUGCAGCUGAAGGCGCUGGAGAUCGCGCAGGAGAUGAACAUCCCCGAGAAGGGCUUCAAGGCCAGCCUGGGCUGGUGCCGGAGGAUGAUGCGCAGGUACGACCUGUCCUUGAGGCACAAGGUCCCGGUGCCCCAGCAGCUGCCCGAGGACCUGACGGAGAAGCUGGUCACCUACCAGCGCAGCGUGCUGGCUCUGCGCCGGGCGCAUGACUACCAGGUGGCCCAGAUGGGGAACGCCGACGAGACGCCCAUCUGCCUGGAGGUGCCGUCCAGGGUGACUGUGGACAACCAGGGGGAGAAGCCCGUGCUGGUCAAGACGCCCGGCCGGGAGAAGCUGAAGAUCACGGCGAUGCUCGGGGUGCUGGCCGACGGCCGCAAGCUGCCCCCCUACAUCGUCCUGCGGGGCACGUACAUCCCGCCCGGCAAGUUCCCCAGCGGCAUGGAGAUCCGCUGCCACCGAUACGGCUGGAUGACCGAGGACCUGAUGCAGGACUGGCUGGAGGUGGUGUGGCGGCGGCGGGCGGGCGCGCUGCCCGAGCAGCGGGGCCUGCUGAUCGUCAACGGCUUCCGCGGCCACGCCACCGACGCGGUGAAGAGCUCCAUGGCCAGCAUGGACACCGACAUGGUGGUCAUCCCUGGUGGCCUGACCUCGCAGCUGCAGGUGCUGGACGUGGUGGUGUACAAGCCGCUCAACGACAGCGUGCGGGCACAGUACUCCAGCUGGCUGCUGGCCGGCAACCUGGCGCUGAGCCCCACCGGCAACGCCAAGAAGCCGCCCCUCGGCCUCUUUCUGGAGUGGGUCAUGGUCGCGUGGAACAGCAUCUCCAGCGACUCCAUCGUCCAGGGCUUCAAGAAGUGCCACAUCUCCAGCGCCUUGGAAGACGAAGACGACGUCCUGUGGGAGAUCGAGAGCGAGUUGCCAGGGGGAGGGGAGCCGCCCAAAGAGUGUGACGCCGAGAGCAUGACCGAGAGCCACUGAAGGGACGGUCCUGUUUUUGUGCAUUUUUAAUUUUCUAAGCCAUUUGCUACCCAGAAGACUGGAUCGAAAACCGCCGGGAGAGGAGAGGGAACCAGGCGGCCUGUGCUCGGGCGCGCUGUGGGGCGGGGCCUGCCCUCGGUGCCGCCCACGCAGUCCCCGCUCACCUGGACCGCGCCCUCUCCUGGGCUGAGCGAGCGAUGGCGGUACAUAGGGACUCUGAGUGGACGGGACAGUCGGGAGACUCCGGGCCGCUUCUCAUCUCUUUGGAAACCCGAGUGAUGGGACCACAAUGCUCCUUCGGUCACACACACGCCAUCUAAAAUGCCGGGGCCGAUUCACACUUAGUUCUCUCUGUUUUCCAGCGAAUGGAACUGUUGGAAGCAGCCGGGGAGGACCCUCAGGAAGAUUCCUCCACGUGUGGGUGCACAGGGAGCAGGGCGGGGGGGCGCCCACCCCGCCCCACGUCCACGACGUGUCAGAAACGCCUGGGACCCUUCAUCUCGUCAGAGACGUGAUUAGGGAAGAAACUGCUUCUGCCCCGUUUCUUGGAGACGUGACCCCAUGUGUCCAUCAGAAGAAACGUGUAAAUAUGAUGGACAGAGGCAUUUCCUGGGGAAGAGACCGCUCGUUCAGCACCAACAGGAGGCUCGUCACACAUAUGGGUGCCACCGCACUGGUGUCCCUUCUGUGGCUAGACCUCAAGUCAUUGUUUUCUUCUGCCUUUAAAAAUGCUUCCAAGAGUAGAGCCUGUCCCAGCAGGUGAAGACUGCAGAGCAGGCUUUGUAGAAACAUGUCAUUUACGUCUACCUGCUACUUACACAUUUCCUCUUUUAGAAAAAAUGAGAUACUAAUGAUAACAGAAUUCAGACACUGGCCUGGUGCCAGCAGAUGGCUUUUCUCUAGACAGACUAGGUUAGUGGGGAAGAGGCAGGUGAAAAUAAACUGCUGGCUGAUUUAUCUUCCCAGCCUGGUUGGCAGCUAGACUUCUGUCGGGUCUCAUUCAAUGGCCCUAUUUUUCACGAUGAUGAUUAUUGUAUUUAAGGCUAGGGCAGCAGUUAGCACACAAGCUCUUGUUUCUCAGGCUGCCUACAGGAGUCAGGGUCACUUAUCUGCUGCCACAUGGUACAAGGCUCACUGACUCCUCCCUCUGACACUUGUCUUGUUAGUAUCUUUCAAUAUUUUUAUCACAAGGGUGGUGUGGCGGCUUGGGCCUUCGGCCACAGCCAUUUGUAGACUUCUGGUCUCCUUCUGCCCUGCAGGAAUAGGUGGGAGGAGGUCUCUGAGUUUUUACACUAUAGUGAUUUGCAUUCCCACAUAAGUCGAGUGUUAUGAAAACAUUCUCUCAAAGCUACGUUCACUACAGAAAACAUGCCAGAGCCUCACCGACACGGCCACUGCUGGAAAUGUCAUUCCAAUGUCAAAUCUGGUAACAGGCUUUCACUUCCUUCUUGUAGACUCAGCUCAUUUGUAUGAUCCUGUUCUCGGCAUCUUGAAACACCUAUUUCUACUCAGGUACUCAUUUUCCUCUUAGUCAUUCACCUUUCUCAGCUUUUUAAAACCAGUUUUCCUCCCAGGUGGGGAAAUUUACUUCGUUUCUGGUUUCGGAAUAACUUUCAAUAUUUGAAUUGUUUCCCUACUUACAAACUGUACUGUAUUCUUGGUCAUUUCAAAUGGCAUCUAAACCCAGCUCCUUUGCAUUCCAGAAGUUUCCAUUCCUGACAAUUCCACUUAAUUUAUCCUCUCUUCUCCUGGUUCCUGGCACCUUCUUUAUGUCCUGUUUUACUUGCUUUGGGAGCUCGAAGGAUUUUAUGAGACCGAAUUCUGGGUUCCUGCCUUGGAGCCAUAGUCACCGUGCAGAGAAGGUAGAAAACGGGCUAAACUGAUCAUUCCACCGACACCUCGAGUCUCCCCGUCCGCUGACAGAUGAUGCCUUACAGGCUGCAUAGCACUGGAACUCAGAGCAACGGCUCCGCUGUCAGGGCUGUUCUGGGCUCUUCCUUCCACUGACUUCAGUAUGACCUAUGCCUAACAGAGCCCCGUCCAGCCGUCCCGCAGCAUGGCUGUUACCCUAGAAUUGCUCCAGCAGAGACAGAGCUGUACCCCCAGUAGAUAGGAACUGAUCCCAACAAUAAACUUUCAUAAUAAAGACCAUA